GCUUUGACCGCCGGCGCCGUACGAGCAACUCCAUUGACCAACCAUCGCACGCGUCAGCGCGAACACAGCACUCCUCGUCUCACUUUCUUCACAUUUCUCGUCUCUCCGCAUCCUUUCCAACUUGUCCAUCACUACGAUCACAACCGUCUCGUCCCUUGCACAAACGCCAUCGACGUAAGCGCCUGGAAGAUCAUUGUCAGAAUCGAGAAUCUUAGGCGCGAUCGCGACUGGAACCUGCAUGACUGUUUCGGCUCUUUCCAAGACUUCGUUGAGUCCGGAUUGAACGGAAAUGUUCCCACGACCCAGGACAUCGAGAUAGAGAUCCAUGAAGCCGCUGGCGAUCCAACUCGCUACAUCAAAGUCACCAAGAACACAGCCUUACAAGCACACGCGGUCCUCGAGAACUUCAACUGCGAUCAAUUCGACGGCAAUUAUACCAAUUACUCACUAGACGACGCCGUCUUUACCGACUCAUGGAGAGUCAACGCGCUUACUAUCAAAGACUCUAUCUUUCUGAAACAGACUUUGCGUUUCUCUAUCAACAGAAACCUUUCCUUGAGACAUCUCGUUAUUGAGAACGUUCAUCUCAGACGCUUCAACGCCGACUUCCCCGACAUUGAGCCCGCAGACUGGCUCGAUACCUUGCAGAGACUUCAGCUCGGCAACCUCGAAACGUGCCGCCUCGCCAACUUGUACGACGCCAACGGUGACUUCUUUGUUGAAGGAGUCUGGGAGGUCGCCGCCACCCCCUACCGCAGCGUCACCGACGCUUCAGCCCUCGCCACGAUGAUGCAGCAUGGCAGCCGCGCUGCGCGCAUGGCUCGCUUUACUUCUGCGAACCACCUCAAGAGUGGUCUUGGAGGCGGUAUCUUCGACUACCUCAGCUCUCACUGUAGCCCCGAGCCUCCUCAGAUGCCCUCGGAACCUGUUUCCCAAUCGACCUUAUUGUCCCUACCUCUGGAACUGAUCCAGAUGAUCGUCAAACUCACUAUCGACGACAAGAAAGCCAUCCAAAGCUUGAGACUCGCGUGCAAGUUCUUCAAGACACUCGAACUCGUCGAAAAGCACUUCCGCCUUACCUACCUUGCUCAUCUUCAUGUCGCUCCAACUCAAAAGCUUUCACCAGACUUUUGUGGACGGUGCGACUUCCUCAGCUCAGCGAUACCAUCCAGUCCAUCACUAUCUUCUACGAUAACGACAACUUUCCUGAUUCGGGUGCCGUUUGCUCUGGGCAAGGGCGAUCUUCUGCUCGAGGCCCUCGAGCAUUUCCAUCACAUUGGCAGAACUGUCGACCUGAACGUCACAGUCGCCAAGCCUCCUCUCGACGGAACCUCCUCUGUCAUCGGCAUCCUGUACCGGGUCCUGGAACACGUGCUCGUUGGCUACCCUGUACAUGACCAGCCGGGUGUACGAAACAUCACCUUGGAUAUCGAUGACACCUCAAGUGCCGCCUUCCCCAUCUUGACCGAUUCAUCUGAGGACCGCAAGUUCGCUGAAUGCUAUGCCUCCAGAUUCCAGCACAUUUGGACUCGCAUUGCCGAGCUCAAAGCUCUGGAGGAGGUCAGAGUCAGAUUCAGCAAGAGAGGCGAGAAGACAAAGUCGCCUCGUGGCCUCACCAUCCAACAGAAGAACGGACGCAUCAAUGUCGGCAUGAACAAUCUCUCAAUCUGGCACUUUGAUAUCAUGGGCCGCAUGAGCAUCUUCACGGAUGUUUACUGGCUUGGCAUCCAGGAUUGCUCAUUCGAGAUCCACCAACGAAACUACUUGUUCAACAACUCUUUCAGCACCUCCCAUCUCCAACACCUAGUGAUUCAGAACGUUAGUCUGAACAUCCUCCACAGGGAUUUCAAUCCUCCAAGGCAUGACGUAAACCCCGAGGUGUGGUACGAGACUAUGGUUGAGAUUGCUGGUACCACUAACCUGCAAUCACUUUGGGUGGACAACUUGAUCGAUUGGGACGACCAGAUUCUCUAUACUCAGCCCUGGAACAUCCAUACCACUUCGCAAGCUUCUGUCACUGAGAUCAUCUUGGCACACUACCCC